GCGAACCGGCCGAGAGGAACAGGCGCCUCUACGUCACAGACGUCACUCUAACCGCCCGGUAGUUCAUCGGAUCGCGAGCGCACACGUGUUCUGCUGUCCAGCCGUUACAAAAACACCGUCACUCUAUUUUUUUUUUCUUUCCUUUCCCCCCGAAAAUUUUAACUUCAGUUGAGGGAGAGACGCUGCGGGCCGCGCGCGCUCUCCUUCUCACCAAACUGCCCCCUCCACCUCACCCCCUGUCACGUGACACAGGCGUGUGGAACCCCCGUGGUGAUCAAGCCGGAAGUGCCGCGCGGCUCCUGCAAGGACCCCGUCCGGCUGCGGACUCGAGCAGAGAAAGGAAUUGCGACUCGUUUCUCAGCCGGUUCUGACUCGGUUCUUACGCGGUUCUCAGUCGUUGUACCCCGUGGAAGCGGCCGCACGGGAGCUCUGCGCUCAGGAGAGAGAGAGAGAGAGAGAGAGAGACACACACACAGAGCGGGUGGCCGCCGGCCGGGAGGAAGAAGAAGAGCUAAAAAGCGAGCGGAGAGAAGAGACAGAGAGCAGAGCAGAGCCGAUCCGCUAGGCCAGGGUCGAGGGAAGCCGCUCCGCUCCGCCGGCUGACCACAGGAGUGGCUCCCACACGGCGUCUCCGCACACCGCCAUCCCUGUGUCAGGGACCUUCUUCCUUCCCUUCGCUUUCUCCACAGGUGUGUAGCUCUCCAUGCAGAACCAGAUGAAAUGAAUAAAGCCCCGCAACCUAUAGCAGGACCCCCCGCAGCCCCACACCCUGCCCCCUCCCCUGGACUCUCACAGGCCACCUAUCCUCCUGGACAGCCCCCUUCUGUCGUCUUUGGCCCCCCACCCCCACAGAUGAACACAGCACCGCAGCCUCGUCAGGGAGGAUUCAGAUCACUGCAGCCAUUCUACCAGAACCGGCCCACACUGCCCAGCAGCACCCCACGGGUCCCAGCCAGCGGCUCGGCGCGGUCUGUGGCCCCCACACACGUUUACCAGCACAACUCGCCGAUGGUGAUGAUUCCUCAACAGUCUCUGACCUUCAGCAACUCCCAGGCCCCUGCCUACUUCAUCCCUUCCGGGCAGCAGUACCGAUCGACCUAUGUGACUGCGACACAGCAGUACCCAGUUGCCACGGGAACACCCAGCUUCUACCCUGGAUCCAGCCCGGCAGAAUAUGGUACAUAUGGAGCCUACUAUUCGCCCCAGCCACAGUACCCCCCUUCAGUGCCAGCAGCACCAGUCAUGAUGAACCCCCCACAGCAGCAGCAGCAGCAGCCACCCCCACCACAGCAGAUCCCCACCAAGAGGGAACGCAAGCAGAUUAGAAUACGCGACCCUAACCAGGGAGGGCGUGACAUCACAGAAGAGAUCAUGUCGGGAGGCCGAACUACAUCCACCCCAACCCCCCCACAGUCUGCUCUCGGCUUGGAUGCCAGCAGCAUACAGACCAACGGUGAGAACAUGGGUCCUGCUUCCAUCCAGCUGGAUGAACAAGUGAAACCUGCGCCUUGUGUGGCUGUCCCCCUGCCAUCAAAGAGCCCCGAGCUCCAAAAGGCUGAUGUGAGCUCCACGGCGUCCACCCUUUCUGAGGAUGAAAUGUACACGGACACCAAGGUGGCGCUCUCACCAGACGUGCCUGUUCCCCCCGGAGAGAUGCCUGACAACACUAAUGUCCCCACUAAUGGCUCCACUGCGCCGGUGAGCGACAGCAUUGAUGCCUCCACAGGUCCCCUCACUAACAUCGCCCCUCAGCAGGAUGCCACUGUUGCCACGGAGACAGCUAUUGAGUCUCCAGUUGCCAACGUGGAGCCAAGCACUGAUGAGGAGCCGGAGACGGUGGAAAAGAAGGCAGGGGAGGUGCUGCUCGAACCUGAGCAGCUUGUUGUGGAGAUGCCCUUGGCUGCUAAUGGCGUGGAGCCUGCCUCCACCCCGGAACAAGUGGAAAGCCCCCCUCCCCAGCCAGAGGCCCCCCUGGAGUCUCCCAUUGCUGAGCCUGAGGAGCUGCAGCUGGUCAACGGCAUGUCUGCCAUAGGGUCCCGGGUCGCAACUUGCACCCCUGAGUUCCCAACAGUGUGUGACGUGAGCCCCAUCGCCGAACCCGAUGUCCCGCAGGCGCAGACACCCCCUCUUGUGGUGCCAAUGCCACCAAUCAUUCCCGCAGCGGAUGUUACGCCACUUUUGGAAACGCCAGCUCCAGUUGCAGAGUCUACAGUGACCGCAACGACCACAGACGCAGCUCCAGCAGUGAGUGAGAGGGAGGAUACACCGUCACCACAGAGCUCCCCUGCAGGGGAGACCUCUAUGCAAGCUGCUGUCUCUGUGCCAAAGAAGAAGAGGAAGAUGAAGGACUUGAACAAAAAGGAGGCUGUUGGAGAUCUCUUGGAUGCCUUCAAAGAGGAGCAGGUAGUAGACACCCGCCCGGAGUCAGAGGAGUCCCAAACCCUGGCUCCCCCUGUAGAUGCUGAAGAGUCUCACCCAGCCCCUCCCACUGCUGAAGAAGUGGAUGAAACCUGGGAGGAAAAGGAAGACAAGCUGGAUGCUGAAAACAUCGAACCGAAGGCCCACAAGCCUUCGGAUCAAAAGUACCAGUAUAAAGAAGAGCAAUGGAAGCCCAUAAACCCAGAAGAGAAGAAGAAAUAUGACCGUGAAUUCCUGCUGGGCUUUCAGUUCAUCAGUGCCAGCAUGCACAAGCCUGAAGGGCUGCCACAGAUCAGCGACGUGGUCCUGGACAAGGCCAACAAGACACCCCUGCGACCUCUGGAUCCCAGCCGCCUGACGGGCAUGAACUGCAGCCCAGAUUUCACGCCAUCUUUCGCGAACCUCGGAAGGCCUGUCGGCAGCCGCGGCCCACCUUCUGUGAUGGGGGGCCCCCGUCGUUCUCAGCAGGGUCAGCGCAAGGAGCCUCGUAAGAUCAUAGCCAGUGUGUCACUCAAUGACGACGUGCAGUUGAACAAGGCGAAGAAGGCCUGGAAGCCCACCGUACGGAAGCAAGUCGCCAGCACCGAGGAGGGCGAUGAUCCUGAGAUGCUGCGCACACAAGAGCUCUUCCGCCGCGUCAGGAGUAUCCUCAACAAGCUUACGCCCCAGAUGUUCCAGCAGCUGAUGAAGCAGGUGACCGAGCUCACCAUCGACACGGAGGAGCGGCUCAAGGGCGUUAUCGACCUCAUCUUUGAGAAGGCCAUCUCGGAGCCCAACUUCUCCGUCGCCUACGCCAACAUGUGCCGUUGCCUCAUGGGGCUCAAAGUCUCCACCACCGACAAGCCGGGAACCACUGUGAACUUCCGCAAGCUGCUGCUCAACCGCUGCCAGAAGGAGUUUGAAAAGGACAAGGAUGAUGAUGAGGUCUUUGAGAAGAAGCAGAAGGAGCUGGAUGCUGCGACUGGGGAAGAGGAGAAGCAGCGUCUCAAGGAGGAGCUUGAGGAGGCCAAGGACAAGGCGAGGCGGCGGUCGCUCGGCAAUAUUAAGUUCAUCGGUGAGCUUUUCAAGUUGAGGAUGCUCACGGAGCCCAUCAUGCAUGACUGCAUUGUCAAGCUUCUGAAGAACCACGACGAGGAGUCGCUUGAGUGCCUCUGCCGCCUUCUCUCCACUAUUGGCAAGGAUCUGGACUUUGAGAAGGCCAAGCCACGUAUGGACCAGUAUUUCAACCAGAUGGAGAAGAUCAUCAAGGAGAGGAAGACUUCGUCCCGAAUCCGCUUCAUGCUGCAGGACGUGCUGGACCUCAGACGGAACAACUGGGUCCCAAGGAGGGGUGACCAGGGGCCGAAGACCAUUGAGCAGAUUCACAAGGAAGCCGAGCUGGAGGAGCACAGGGAGCAAAUCAAGGUUCAGCAGCAGCUCCUGUCCAAGAAGGACGUCCGCAGCAGUGGUCGGAGUGGCCUCCACCCAUCAGGAGGACGCAGCAGUCUGCCACAGGAUGAGGGCUGGAACACGGUGCCCAUCUCCAAAAACCGGCCUAUUGACACUAGUCGCCUCAGCAAGAUCACCAAGCCUGGAGCUGUAGACUUCAACAACCAGCUUCUUGCCCCUGGGGGCAAGGGUUCGUGGGGUAGCUGGGGCAAGGGCAGCAGUGGUGGCUCUGGUUCCAAGACUGAAUCAGCCUCUGAUUCAGCACGCCCUGCCACGAGCACUCUGAACCGUUUCUCAGCGCUGCAGCAGUCCUCUUCAUCUUCCACAAUGUCGUCCUCUGACUCCGACCGCAGGCUCCCUCAGAGGACCAGUUCCAGCCGUGACCGUGGGGAGCGCAGUGACCGCUUUGACCGUGCGGAUCGCCUGGACCGUGGCGGUGACCGCUUCGAUCGCCGUGACGGCAGAGGUCCAGAUAGAGGCGAUAGAAACCGCCCACCUGUCACCAAGAGGAGCUACAGCAGGGAGACGGACGACCGCAGCAGAGAACGGGAGCGUGGCCCCACCGACCCCGUGCGCCGCGUGUCCAGCAUGACUGAGGAACGCGACCGCAGCAGCCGCGACCGGGCCAGGAGCAAGGAGACGGUGAAACGGGAGGCCACGCCCACUGCAGCGCCUGCCCCCCCCAAGCCUUCCAUGAGUGAGGAAGAGCUGGAGAAGAAGUCGACCGCCAUCAUUGAGGAGUACCUGCACAUCAAUGACAUGAAGGAGGCACUGCAGUGUGUGCAGGAGCUAAACUGCCCAACACUCCUUUUCGUGUUUGUGCGAAUCGGCAUCGAGUCGACGCUCGAGCGCAGCACUAUCGCCCGCGAGCACAUGGGCCUGCUGCUCCACCAACUGGUGAAGGCAGGAAUCCUGUCCUCGGAGCAGUACUACCGCGGGCUGCGUGAGAUCCUGGAGGUGGCUGAGGACAUGGCCAUCGACAUCCCCCACAUCUGGCUGUACCUGGCCGAGAUCAUCACCCCGAUGCUGCACGAGGGGGGCAUUGCCAUGGGUCCGCUCUUCAGGGAGCUGUCGAAGCCUCUUGUCCCACUAGGGAAGGCAGGGGUGCUGCUGGUGGAGAUCCUUACCUUAUUGUGCAAGGGAAUGAGCCAUAAGAAAGCUGGCACACUGUGGAGAGAAGCAGGCCUGAGCUGGAAAGACUUCCUGCCAGCAGAUGAGGAUGUGAACAAGUUUGUGACAGAGAAGAAAGUGGAGUUCACACUGGGGGAGGACUCCGAGAAGAUGAGCGCAAAAGAGCUGUCGCCUGAGGAGAUCAGCAAACAGCUGGACAGGCUCUUCCAGGAGAAGGCGGACAAUCAGCGUGUGUUUGACUGGGUUGAGGCCAACCUGGACGAGCAGCAGAUCGCCUCCAAUGCGUUUGUGCGUGCCGUGAUGACCUCUGUGUGUCAAUCGGCCAUCAUCUGUGAGAACCCCUACAAGGUGGAUGCAGUGCAGAUUACCCAGAGGGCCAAGCUUUUGCAGAAGUACUUGAGCGACGAGCAGAAGGAGCUGCAGGCGCUCUACGCUCUCCAAGCCCUCAUGGUGAAGAUGGAGCAGCCAGCGAACCUGCUGCGGAUGUUCUUCGACACGCUGUAUGACGAGGACGUCAUCAAGGAGGACGCCUUCUACAAGUGGGAAUCGAGCAAAGACCCUGCCGAGCAGCAGGGCAAAGGCGUCGCCCUCAAGUCCGUCACGGCCUUCUUCACCUGGCUGCGGGAGGCCGAGGACGAGUCUGACAACAGCUAGGCCCCGCGGUGCCCCCUCUUGGAUGGACACGAGGGCACGUGGACUUUGGCUUUUGGUCGCAGAUGUGACUUGAGUUUGAAUCGAAGCGGAUCUCCUGCGGAAGUGGGGGGGAGGGGCUUCGCACGAGCUCCUUCGUCUUUUUUUUUUUUUUUUUUUUUUUUCCCUCUUCUCCUGGCGAAUGUCUAACAAUGAAAUAAAAUGGAAAUAAUUGAAAAGUGAUAAACGUAUUAACUGUGGGAGUGCGGUUCCUUCAGCGUGAGGUUUAACCUUUUGUUGAACGCGUCAACACACUAUUUCCGACGUCUAAUAAACAAACCCAGAUAAGAUGAACCGAGGCUGCUCUUAUAUAUUUCACUAUCAUUUUGCGUUUCUCAGACUCUAUUUCCACGUGUCUCAUAUGUAUCAUAAACAUGGCGCUCUUAACGUAGGUGGCGACGUCUUUGUUUUUAGCCCUAGGAUUAUUCGUGUUUCUUUUACAUGUAACGCGGGUUUUGUUGAUGAGCUGAACCCCCCCCCCCCUUCCCCCUUUGCGUGUCGCCGCUGGGGGCGGACUUCGGCCUUCACUGGGGUGGGGACAGUGCUCUCCUCAGAUUUGCUCUACACUUCAGUCUGGGGGGUUUCUGCCCCUCAAAAAUGCCUGUAGUGGAUUUUAAAAAAAAAAAAAAAAAAAAUCAUUAAAAACUUGAACAUAUAUAGAGAAAUCAACUUAUAAAGAGAAACAGUACAGAUCCUGAAGCUUUUUCUGCUUAUGGUGGAAAUGUUUCAGGACAGUUCUGUAAAUAUAUAUUCUCUUUUCCUUUUCAGAAAUAAAAAUGCUAAUGUAAUGCCAUGUAAUUUUUCUUUACAGAAGUGGCAGUUUUUCUGUAUUUAUACUUUCUUCCUUGCCUAGCAGAAGGUGCUUGUAAUUAUCACCUGGAUUCGUUGAUUACGGUUUAAUUGAAAUGUGUAAAUACUUUUUUGCUUUCUUUAAGUAUUUAAGAAAUUAAUGCCUCUUUUCACAUCAGAAACUGGAAAAGAAAAAUAAAGAACGUUGCAAAUAAA